AUGGACACCCCUAUUCACAAAAAGGUUUGCUAUUACUAUGAUGGGGAUAUUGGAAAUUACUACUACGGACAGGGACAUCCAAUGAAGCCCCAUCGCAUACGUAUGACUCAUAAUCUGCUUCUGAACUACGGUUUGUAUCGCAAGAUGGAGGUUUAUCGUCCGUCCAAGGCGUACAGUGAAGAUAUGACCAAGUUUCAUAGUGAUGAAUAUGUCAAAUUCCUGAAAAAUAUUCGACCUGACAAUAUGCACGAAUUUAACAAACAAAUGCAGCGUUUCAAUGUCGGCGAGGACUGUCCUGUCUUCGAUGGUUUGUUCGAGUUCUGUCAACUCUCCGCUGGAGGCUCAAUCGCGGGUGCUGUUAAACUCAACAAGCAGCAAACGGAUAUCGCCAUCAAUUGGGGCGGUGGUUUGCAUCAUGCCAAAAAGUCGGAAGCUUCCGGGUUCUGCUAUAUCAAUGAUAUAGUUAUCGGGAUUCUUGAACUUCUGAAGUAUCAUCAACGUGUCUUGUAUGUCGAUAUCGAUAUCCAUCACGGAGAUGGUGUGGAAGUCAUGGAAUCUUUCCGUCCGGGAGCAGUUGUUCUGCAAUGUGGCGCAGAUUCUCUAAGUGGUGAUCGUUUGGGUUGCUUCAAUCUAACUGUUAAAGGACAUGGAAGAUGCGUUGACUUCAUUCGGUCUUUCUCCAUUCCUCUGUUACUUGUUGGUGGUAAGUAUCCUGAGGGUUUAUAG